AAAAAAGUUACGUUUAUCACUUUUACACGUCUCUGAAAUCGCGAGUCUGAAAAUUUCCGAGUGUUUUGCCAGUCUUUAAAUCGCUUAAAACACAAGUUUCAAGAUGCUCACAUCGCAACUCUUCGCCGGAGCCCGUACUUUGGGUCUCGUUGCUCGUCGCAACAUUGGCAUCGCCGCUCCCGCCAUGCAAAAGGUCUCCGAUCCCAUCCAACAAUUGUUCUUGGACAAAAUCAAGGAAUACAAAGCGAAGAGCGCCGGCGGCAAAUUGGUUGAUCCUUCACCCGAAACCGAGAAGGAGUUGAAGAACGAAUUGGAACGUAUCGCCAAAACGUACGGAGGAACUGGCAAGGAAGACAUGACCAAAUUCCCCGAGUUCAAAUUCGAAGAACCUAAAUUGGAUCCCAUCAACCAAACCCAAUAAAAAGUGUAAUUAUUGAAAAUAAAUUCUGGUAAAGCUGUUCUACUCCUAAAUUCAAUAGAGAAA